AUGGCCUCCACAAACUCAACCCCAACAGACCCAUCUCUCUCCCAAGACGACAUAGCCGCCAGGGCCCUCAACAAGCGCUACGACAGUCUGGUCACUGUUCGAACAAAGGCCAUAAAGGGCAAAGGAGCUUGGUACUGGGCUCAUUUGGAACCCAUUCUCAUUCGCAACCCCAACACCAACCUCCCCAAGGCUGUCAAGCUAAAGUGCUCGCUCUGCGACGCCGUUUUCUCCGCUUCAAACCCGUCCAGAACCGCCUCUGAGCAUCUCAAACGGGGUACUUGUCCGAAUUUCGCCUCUGUUUUGAGACCCAAUUCAUCGGUUUCGCCGGUUCCGAUAUCUUCCUUGCCUUCUCCGUCUUCGCACAAUCACAGAAAGCGAAGCUCUCAAAUGGGUACUGUUCCUUGUCCUAUUUCUCAUGCUCCUCAUCAUACCAGUUCUACUUCGAUACAGGUUCAUUCUUUAGCUAUGAUCGAGUCUUCCCGCUAUUGCGGUGAACACAAUUACUCACAAUCUCCAAACCCAGUUGGGAUUGCUACUAGUACGGGGCCAAAUCAGCAGCAUGUGGGGUUAUCGGGUGGGAAACAUGAUUUGGGUGCUUUGGCAAUGCUAGAAAAUAGUGUGAAGAAACUUAAGAGCCCCAAAACGUCUCCUGGUGCCACGCUUAGUAAGGAGCAGAUUGAUUCUGCACUUGAAUUACUGUCUGAGUGGUUUUACGAGUCAUGUGGGUCGGUUUCGUUUUCGAGCCUCGAGCAUCCCAAGUUCAGGGCUUUCCUUAACCAGGUGGGCUUGCCUGCACUGUUACAGCGUGAGCUCUCGGGUGCUAGGCUUGAUGCAAAGUUUGAUGAGGUCAAAGCUGAGUCAGAAGCUAGGAUCAGAGAUGCAAUGUUUUUUCAAGUUGCUUCUGAUGGGUGGAAAAGCAAGAAUCCUUGUGGGGAAGAAAACAUGGUUAAGUUCAUGGUUAAUCUUCCCAAUGGGAUUAGUGUUUUCCAAAAGGCAGUGUUUACUGGUGGGUCAGUUUCGUCAAAAUAUGCAGAGGAGGUAUUGUGGGACUCAGUUACUGGUAUAUGUGGGAAUGCUGUGCAGCGUUGCGCGGGGAUAGUUGCAGACAAGUAUAAGGCCAAGGCAUUGAGGAACUUGGAGAUUCAGAAUCAUUGGAUGGUGAACGUGUCCUGUCAGCUUCAGGGGUUCAUUACUUUGAUUAAGGAUUUUAACAAAGAGCUUCCACUCUUCAGGGUUGUCACUGAAAACUGUUUAAAGGUAGCGAAUUUUGUAAAUAGCACCUCUGAGGUUAGGCAUGCUUUUGAGAAGUACAAGAUGCAGGAACUUGAGUAUGCUGGGUUGCUCCAAGUUCCUUCACCCAAAUGUGAUACUUCAAAGAACUUUGCACCUGUUUAUGCAAUGCUGGAGGAUAUAUUGAGCUGUGCCCGCAUACUCCAAAUGGUCGUCUUGGAUGAUUGCUAUAAGGUUAUAUGUGUGGAAGAUCCAAUUGCCAAGGAAGUUGGAGGGAUGAUUCAAAGUGAAGGAUUUUGGAAUGAAUUAGAGGCUGUUUAUUCACUAGUUAAGCUAAUCAGAGGGAUGGCUCAGGAGAUUGAGGCUGAGAGGCCAUUAAUUGGGCGAUGCCUACCCCUUUGGGAAGAGUUGAGAACAAAAGUAAAGGAUUGGAGUGCCAAGUUCAGCAUUGCUGAAGGACCAAUUGAGAAAGUAGUUGAAAAACGAUUCAGAAAGAACUACCACCCAGCAUGGUCAGCUGCAUUUAUACUUGACCCACAAUACUUGAUGAGGGACACUAGUGGAAAGUACCUUCCACCAUUCAAGUUCUUGACGCAUGAGCAGGAGAAGGAUGUAGAUAAGCUCAUUACCAGGUUGGUUUCCAGGGAAGAAGCUCAUGUUGCAUUAAUGGAGCUCAUGAAAUGGAGAACAGAAGGAAUGGACCCGCUUUAUGCUCAGGCUGUUCAGGUUAAACAGCGAGAUCCUGUAACUGGAAAGAUGAAAAUGGCAAACCCGCAGAGCAGUAGACUUGUGUGGGAAACUUGUCUAAGUGAGUUAAAGACACUGGGGAGAGUUGCAGUGAGACUUAUCUUCCUCCAUGCAACCUCAUGUGGAUUUAAGUGCAAUUGGUCUUUCAUGAAAUGGAUGUGUGUACAUAGGCACUCAAGGGUAGGCCUGGAAAGGGUACAGAAGAUGAUAUUCAUUGCAGCUCAUGCCAAACUUGAAAGAAGGGAUCUCUCUAAUGAGGAAGAAAAAGAAGCAGAGCUGUUUGCAACUGCAGACGUUGAGGAUGACAUGCUGACUGAGGUCUUUUCGGAUGCACCCACAGUGUAA